CAAAUAAAUACUAUAAUUCGUUUUUUCUUCCAAAAAGAAAACAGAAAACCAAACCAAACCAAAAGAACACAUCUAUGGCUUCCGCCGCCGCGCCUCCGCCUCUCACUUUCCUCGCGCUCUCGGCCUCAUCCCCGCCGCCGCCGCCGCCGCAAAUGCUCCCAGUGAAGCCCCUUCUCCGGCCGGUGCUCCUCCUCCGGCCAAUAGCCCUAAUCAGAUCCGUAGACGUCUCCAAAGAAGACCAGCCGACGGCGGAGGCGGAAGAGGAGUCGCCGGAGCAGCAAUUGGAGCAGCGGCGCGUGGAGGAGAAGUUCGCGGUGGUGAACACGGGGAUACACGAGUGCCGGUCGUGCGGGUUCCGGUACAACCAGGCCGUCGGGGACCCCUCGUACCCGAUCCCGGCGGGGAUGCCGUUCGAGCGGCUGCCGGACGACUGGCGGUGCCCGACGUGCGGCGCGUCGCAGAGCUUCUUCGAGAGCAAGAGAGUGGAGAUCGCGGGGUUCGAGCAGAACCAGCAGUACGGUUUUGGGGGGAACUCCCUCACCUCCGGCCAGAAAGCUUUGCUCAUCUAUGGCGGAUUGAUAUUGGGCUUCGUCUUCUUCCUCUCUGGCUAUUUUCUGCAAUAGAAUUCAAUUCAAUUCAUUACUCAUUCCACUCUCUGCACAUUCUCUCUAUCUCUUUCAAUAUAUAUAUAUAUAUAUAGUUACUUCGAGAUCA